GCAGCCGACAACUCACGAUUGUCAUCAGUUAGCUGACUAACAUUUCAAACAGAAAGCAUCUCUUGUGGCGGGAUAAAUAUUCUUACAAGGUUUUUUUUAAAUCAACCAAUGUCACUUAUCAGAAGUUAAAUGAUCGCCAUUUUGUGUAUUUGUGGAUAAUUCAAUACAUCUGUGAACUUUGAAAACCGUUUGGAUUUUUUGUGUGAAGCAUUUUGACAUUCAUAUUUCAAAAAUGUUUCGUGCCCCGUUUGGCCUUGGGAGUUAUGGGACAGGCCUCACCACAGAUGGUGUAUCAGUUUUAGCACAGAAUGCAGCAGUAAGACUACCCACCAGCCCCUUGUGUGAAAAUGGCCGACCCUACGUCACAGAUCCCUGUACGGGGCAAGCCAUUUGUUUAUGUCAGGUAGGCGGAGAGCCAGUACCUCACCCGAUAAUGUCCGAAGGUGUUAGAAAUCUGCAUCAUCCUUCAGGAUUACCCAUGGGUACAGAACCUUCGGCGUUCAAAUCACCUUUGACAUGUGGAAUUCGACCAGAUCGUCCUGAAACCUGGAAAGCUUUGCCAUCAACCUUAGCGACACACCCUUAUGACCCAGCAUUGGCGUUUCAUCCUUAUAAUGCAUUUUACGCCGGAUUGGACCUGAACAGCGCUGCUCGCCGAAAGGCAGCCACCAGAGAGACUACCAGCCCAUUGAAAGCCUGGCUCAGCGAACACAGGAAAAAUCCUUACCCAACCAAAGCUGAGAAAAUUAUGUUAGCCAUCAUCACAAAAAUGACUUUAACCCAAGUUUCUACCUGGUUCGCCAACGCUAGAAGACGGUUGAAGAAAGAAAAUAAACUUUGCUGGGACUCUGCAGAUGAUAAAGAAGAUGAUGACGACGAUGAUGCCAAAAUUAGCGAUGAUGAUAUGCACAGUGGAUUAGAUAGCGAACGUGAAAUUGAUGUUGAAGGCCUCGAGAGACGACUAAGCGGUGAUGAAGAUAGCGAAGCGCCUUUAGAUUUAUCCGAUAUUUCUGACACGGAAAACGAGCCAACCGAUCAUUCUAAAUACAAUCUACACAACAGACACGAACCAUCUUCAAAAUCCAGAGGACCAGAAAAUGUUCUAGUGAAUAAACCAGUGAAUACAUCUUCGCCAAAUCAGAGAACAGACUCAAAUAAUGUAGAAAAUCGAAAUGUUUCAAAACCUAAAAUCUGGUCAAUUUCUCAAAUAAUAGACAAAGACUCUUCGAAACCAGUGACACCUCAACAACCUGUUUUUUCACCUUACCAUGCAUUUCAUCAAACCGGUUCCCGUUUUCCAGUUGUUCCAACUUUACCUGAAAAUUAUGGAAAAUGCCAUAGCCGUCUUCAAAGACCCAUGGUUCCUUACAACAUGGAUAAUAAAGUACACAGACCGACAUUAGAUACACCGCCAGAUACCCCACCAUUUUCCAGUACUUUCAAACAGCAGACGUCACCAAUCAAAAUAUACGAAUAUCAAGAAAAUGAGGUCUUAAAUCUUAAAACAGAGAAAAUAGAGACACAGAGUAAAUCAGAUUCUGAUAGUGACGAAAGUUGAAAAAGUGGCAUCUAAAGUCAAGUUUUAUCUGUGAUACUCCUAGGCGUCCUGUCGCCAUUAAAAGAUCCGUCCAAUCAGGACAGGGCAAACCAGUCACAAGACCAGAGCCGGUUACCUACAAAAUUUGAAUUUAUUCGACGUGCUGUUGUUACCAAAGGAAUAGAUACCCCGUUUUCAAAAUUUUGAAACCGUGUCCUGAAAUUUAAAGGAUAACCAUGAAUGACUAUAUAAAUUUCUGGCAUAAUAAACAUGUACAGAUUAUAGUUCUGUGUGAAAACCGUGAAUUUAGCAUAAUUUAUUUAAAUUAAUUGAUGUGUUCAGUUAAAACGUAUACACACGCACAUUGUCGUAACUAUGUCUGUCUCAUUUAUUUAAAGCAACUGGUUUUGAAUUAAUGAACUAUGUAAUUCAACAUUCCGUUGUUUGCAGCAUCGAGGCCAUGGGUCGAAACUGCCAAAUAUAGAAGGAGUUUAUAGCAUCCUUGUUUGUAUUGUUUUUGUUGUUACAAUGGAUUUUACCAUUCCUUAAUAUUAUAUAAAUACAAAUGUAAUUUACAAUUAUAUACAGGAAAAUGUGUUAUGGAUGUAUAUAUUGUUUAUAAGU